CUUUUGUCGUUGUUGUGAGAGUUGCUUCAUUCAGACAGCCCUACACCUUUUCUUGGAUUUGAAAAGUCGACGACUCGACGCAGCUCUUUACUCUUCAUUGCAAGCAAAAGCAAACGCCUCUUCCUUCUCCUCCUUGUCACCGUAUCACCAGCAAAUGGCAAAGGGUUGCACAAACAACGAUUAUGAGGAGGCUAGGAAACAAAGGCUAGAAGAAAACAAGAAGCGGUUUGAGGAUUUGGGAAUUUCAACAAUUUCAAAGAAUUUGUCUGAAAUUGCGAGUUCUGUUAAGAAGUCUCCGUAUCGUUCUCCUAAACCGAAAUCAAAGAGGGAUGUUGUAGUGGAACCAAGGCGUUCUUCUCGUGUACGGAACCCAGUUCGUACAUACCGUGAAGAUGGUGACAUAGAACUUCCAACUUUUCGGAAAAGGUCAAGGUCAAGUUCAUCAUGGGGAAGUUAUAUUGCAAGGCCACUAGAUGAAAUCAAGGAAGCUACAGUUGAACAAAGAGCUCGAGCUUUGGAGGCUGCGGAAAAACUCCAAAGCAAUUUGCAGUCUGAGAAUCCAUCAUUUAUUAAGUCAAUGGUCCGGUCUCAUGUUUAUAGCUGCUUUUGGUUGGGUCUUCCUUUGAGAUUUUGUGCAAAACAUCUCCCAAAAACUGUAUGUAACAUGAUUUUAGAGGAUGAAACUGGUAAAGAAUUUGAGGCUGUUUUCAUUGGCAAUAGAAGUGGACUUAGUGGUGGCUGGAGAGGAUUUGCAUUGGAGCAUAAGUUGGAUGAUGGUGAUGCACUUGUUUUUGAAUUGACUGAAAAAACAAGAUUUAAGAUUUAUAGAAUUAAAGCAUUUCCAGAUUCAGCUGAAGAAUAUGAAAAACAGAUUUUGAAGGAAGAAGGAAACAAACGUGCAAAGAAAGCACUGAAAGCUAAUAGUAACUCCGAAUCAGAAUUUGACAAGACAAAAAACCCAAAAAAAGCCAUUGCAGAUAAAACUAAUGAAGUAGAGAGUUCUAAGGAUAACCUGCCAGAACGUAACAUUGAUACUGAAGUUAAACCACAGGAGGUGAAGCUAAGUUAUAGAACUAGGUUUACUCGGAAGAAAGUGCAAGAUAAAUCUAAAGGGGGAACACAAGUUGAAAAUGGAGAAUCAAAGGAGGCCAUGAAGCCUAAAUCUCAAGGAAACAAGACAAAAAAGUCAAAAGAAAGUGUUGAUCAUAAAAUCGAUAACUCGGACAAUACUCAACAGGUUCUUUCCAAAAAUAACCCUGUCGGACCAAAAGGUGCGAGCCUAAGCAAUGAAGAUGGGAUUGUUCAGGAUGGUGGACCAGUUGAAGAAAACAGCAAAAGUGUUUCAAAACCUAGAAAAAUGCGAGCUCCAAAGCUUUUCAGAAAGAGAGUAUAGUCCUUGAGCUAGUGAGUAGUUAGCUAAAUUGUGUUUGUGAUGUAUUAUAAUAUAUUUAAGACAUGUUUGAAUUAAAUUAGGAGUAUGGAAUUGAACUAUAUAUUAUGUUGGCAAGUAUCACUUUCAUAUGUAGUAGUGAAUUGGUGGAUUUGUCUAAUUAUGAUAUAUAAAUUGUUAUACCUAAGCACAUCUUUUUCC